AUGCUGAGAGCAUUCUGCUUGGAGUUGGGUUUGCGUGUCUGGCGCAGGAAGUACGUGGCGUAUCAGUCCAAGGCCGGCUACUUGAAGCUCCUCGUCAAGAAGUUGGCAGCUAAGCGUCGCGAUAUCGAUACAUCACCCCUGCUCGAUAAAAUUCUGUCGCCGAAGAGAAAUUCUCAGAAAUGCGAGGGAGGCGAGCGGAAGAUGAAGAAGCGUGCAGCAAGUUCCGCAUCGAUCGGCAAAGCAAAUAGAUUGCUGAAAGAGCUGGGUUCACGUGCUGCUGUCAUCGUAGAUGCGGAGUUGACUCGAUGUCUAAAGUGGCUGACUGAGGUGCAGCGAGAGGAGGACGAAGAAGACAGAGCAUAGCUAUUGGUGAUCACUAGAACGUUAAAACGCGCUACAAUAAUGAAUACCUAGCUUAUAAAACACA